AUGUCCGCCGUCCCCAAGGCAAAGUUCACCACGCCCGUGAGACCCCUCACCUUCCUCAUCACGAGCUGCUCCUCCGGUCUGGGCCUCUGCCUCGCCCGCGCCGUGCAGGGCGCCACGAGCCGCAAGCCCGGCCGGACGCCCGAUCUAGUCGCCAAGGUCGAGCGGCGCGGGGGGCCGUUCGAGAUCAUCUUCUUUGGGCUACCGAGGCUGGCGCGCGCUGCCGUCGCGCACAUGCGGAGGCGCCGCUUCGGCGUCGUCGUCAACAUGAGCUCGGGCGCCGGGCUGGAGGGGGUGGAGAGCAUGGGCGCAUACGCGGCUGCAAAGUCGGCGCUUAACGGUGAGUUCGGUUUCCGUACAAAUAUGCGCAACGUCGCGCGCAUCGGCUCCGUGCCCCUGGCGGACGACUACAAGGGAAAGGAGUUUGCGGAGGUUGGACCUUGUGCAGUCAGGCAAGUGCACGGUGGCGGCAUUUUGCCUGGGCGGAACUCGAGCGUGGUCACCAAGCACCAGACCACCCUCGUCACCGUCUCCCGCGCCGCCAACUCGACCCUCUCCAGGACCUGGCUCAACGGCACCAUUACCGGGACGACCAGGUCCACGAAUCGCACGGCCACCUUUCAGUGGACGCCGCCCACCCCGACCCUGCCAUACCGCUGCGCCAUGAGGGACUGCUGGAGGCACCCCAAGGACAAGGACCGCCAAUGGUGCGAGCAGGAGGACAGAGAAAAGUGCAAAAAGGAGUGGGAGAGCAUACAGAGCGAGGUUUGGGCAACUAGCCGCCUCGUCAACGACGCUGUGGGCGAGAACGCGAGGCAGACAGUGAAGAAGAUGAACUCUCAAGAGUUCAAAGAGGGCGGGAUCAUGCUAUGUUUACCAAGCAAAAAACGAUGUCUCCCUCGCCAACAUGAACGCCUACUUCAUAUCGGCGAUUUUAACUUUUUUUGUACACUAUCUGCUGGGCGUAUGGGACCCGAGAGGUUUGUCCCGGGCAACCGGCAACCCCUAAACUGGCUAAGGUCCCGCAACAUUAUCGAUUAG